ACAACUGCGGAACUGAUGCGUAGGUGGGUGGCGAUGUCGAUGUCUUGCCACGGCACUUGUUCCCACUGCACCUCGCGCCUACUGCCGCUUUCCGUUCUUCUCUAGAGCUUAGAAGGAAAUUGUUCUGCUCCACGAGGGGCACUCUCCGAUACACACGCACACACACUCUCGUAGGUAGGGUACAGUUGCCGUCUCGCAACGUCGUACGGUCCACGAGGAGGAAUACGCACCACAGCAGCGAGUCGAAGGAGUUACUAUUACCACCGCCCCCUAUAUUUCAGAUUCUAACGCUGUGUGACGCCGACAGCGGCCUGACCACAGCAACAACGAUUUGCCUAUCCUUUUAACGCUGUUUUGCCAGUAGCAACGUUCGUAGUAGCUAUGACUACCGUCGCGAGCUUUUCACCAGUUGGCGCUGCUGGGGCCAAGAACUAUCUGUCUGCCUGCGUAUACGUCCGUUGCGUAGGACUCCGCCAAUCUUCAACCGUGAUCCACUCCCACUCCACAGCUCUGUUACUGAUCGGUACUACACUCUUGCGGGUACUGCCUCUGCCGCUACUUCUGCUGUUACCGCCGUCAACCAGCCCCGCGCCGUAUCCGCAAGAGAUGCUGUUACGGUGGCGCCGCCGCCGCCGUUGCCACAGCAGACAGAGCUCGAGAAGCGGGCUUGGCCAUAAACACAAACAGCUUCGCUUAAUUCUCAGAACAACACGCUCAUUCUAUUGCUUACCAUAGACGACGAGGAGAAAGAUCUACCCGGUCACUGGCCACUAUGUUUUCGCUGCUGCUGCUGUUCUGCAAGAACGGCUAAAUCUUUUUUCUCACUCCUCUGUGUUCUUCUGCACGAAUGUUAUGUUGUGUGUUUCUUGGUGGUUGUCUACUCUACUACAGUCUGUUUUCUGCGCGAACCCUUGUCGUCUGUUAGCUUGCAGCGAGGACAAAAACAACAGCGCACCUCAAAAGGCUGAUAAGGCAAGCGAAACGAAAAACUCAGUUGGGUGGUUGGCAGUACUAACCACGCGGUAACAGUAGCGGCAGAGACGAUCAAUAACGGCCGCUCGUUCUACCUCCUCCCAAUGUCUGGCAGGCAAAAAGUAACGAGCCGCUGGCGAGGAUGGUAAGACCAUGCGUAGGUUUACGAGGAGGUUAGGCGAGGGGAGCUACUUCUCAAUAACAAGAAAAGGAAAGAAACUCGUGGAGAUUACUCCAACAGCGCUGAUAAACAAACAACUAAGAAAGAAGUAAAUUCUCUCACUCAGCUUGGCCACAAAGUGAGACCGCAAUUAUCUGUCGUACUUGGUUAAUUCAAUGAAGACACAGGACAGGGCACGUCGACCAGACAUUGCUCUGCGAAACCAUAACAAAAAGUAAUCGUAACAGCGUUUUCGAGGGCGCGGGCUUGUGCGAAAAAGCUACGAUACGACGACCAAUGAAGAUCCAGCCGACUUGGCCAGCAACGAUUCGUUAGAUUUUUGUGUCUUCUAUCAGGAAAGGUUUCACAACGUGAAGAGCAGAAUCGAUGACGACAACAUGUACAUGUACAAUGCUGAUGCAAUAGACAAACAAGCUCAAUUAAGUAUUUGCGCGACAACUAGAGACGUCUAGCUUCGAAAAAUACUGGGUAGCUGAUUUUUUAAUUGCAAGGUAAGCUCUAUUAGCAAAGUUAAACAAAUUCAACCAUAAAUGGUUGUGUCGUUCAGUCGUGUAUAUAUCUAUAAAAUGUUAAAUAGAAUCGUGCAGCUUUUGUAGAACAAAAAUUGUACAUUAGAUCUGGUCCGUGAUGUUUAUGUAUAUAAAAGGUCAAGCGUUCCUAAAUCGCUUCUGUUUCAUAGCCACUCAGUGGCCGUAAGAUGUAGAAGGUAUAUAUCAGUUGUUAGCUUACUUGCUCUGUUACAUUUCUCAUAACCUUCUUGAACAAAGUCAAAUUUCUGAAAAACCGCAACGACCACAAUGUUUCGUCUGCUUAUAGUAACAACCAUGGCGGCCCCCAUGAGUUUCUGUAUCAGCUGUUUAGGUUGCUGUCGUAUGAUAACUGUUAGGGAAGAUCAUCUCGAAGUUAGCACGAUCGAGAUCUAAUACGACGCCUUCAGGCUGACUGAGUGUAUUGACAUUAAACGAGAGUUAUGGCGCGCAGCAUAAUUCCUACUCGACGAGGCGCGGAUCCGAAAAAUCGAGAAUAAAUUUGUUGCCACUGCCGCUGCGGUCAGCCUCUCAGUCUGCAAAUGAUGUGAACGAGGUCAGGAAGUAAAUUUAUAUUUUUGUCAUGUACAUUUUUGACACAGUUUUGUACUUUGUUCUUACGGGAUUAUUGCUGUCUCUGAUGCACUUCACAUAAGCAUGUCAUUUCCACUCUGCACUGAAACCUGUGGCGUAUAUCCUAAGAGUGACAUCUUGAUAUCUACCUAUAUUUGUAGACGAUGAUUGUUAUACAUUCGCGGUUGAUGAUUUCACAAUAGCACAGGUUUUGUCGCGCAUUUCUUUAAAACAGUGUACAAAGUAACGCUGUUUCGUCAUUGGUGUGAGAUACUAUUAACCAUAUAUUUCCCGUUAUAAAACGCAAUCUCAGUAGACUGAUUUACCCAGCGAAAGAAAAGGGCACUUGACUAUAUUGAAAAUGGCCACUGCCUGUAAUGUAUUCCCUUCCACUCACUAAUUUGAUAGCUAUAAACCUAACUUAUGCAGCGCAUAUAUUGAACUUCACUAGUACGCACGCACACAUACAGCGGAAUAUGCAUUCUAAUAGUAAUUAUAAUACUUUGCUUAUUACUCUAAGCGCUAGCAGCAGCAGUAAGAGCUUUUUGGCUAAUUGUACGGUGUCAUUAUACUGGAUAAUAUGAUUAUUCGCGAAUGACGCCAUGUACUUCUUCUUCAAAUGUUUAUAAUCUGAGUUUACUCAACCAAUAAUAUUCUUCUCCGAGUUUAUGUGCAAUUCUUGUCUCCGGAAUAAAACGAUUUGACUGCAAUUACUCACAGUAACUAUUUAAUAAUACUUAUUGAGAUUUUCAGCUAAACAUUUCAGUACAGAGAAUCAGCUCUGUUAUUUUCUUCAGGGUCAGAUUGUUUUUUCCAACAAUUACAUCAAUGUUGCCUAUAUAAUCAUUGUAAGAUAGACAUAGCUAUCAUACGGUUUUUUUUAUAGCCCAUUAAAAUGAACAAUAGCAUUUGACUGAUUGAACGCUAGUAUUUCAAUCAAGAAAAUCGAUGCUCACUUAGGAGUAUUUAGUUCCUAAAUACAAUAGCUAGUCAGAGACGCGAUCUUCAGCACAAGCUGGUCUCAAACAGAUUUGAUAAGUAAAAAUUUGUGAGAAUCUUUGAAUAUCAAUAGCCAGUUUUGCAUAACUCUCUCGAAUCUGAAAUCAAAUCUGAAAACUAGCGGAAAACGUUUUUCAAACCUGCUAAAAUGCGGCCUUUAAUAAAGUGGGAGAAGUAAUGUGAAAUGAAACAUGAAACUCAUUAAAGGUUAGGUUUCUUAUGUAUCAAGUUUAUAGAGAUGUGACGAAGUAAGAAAAAAAUCCUAUACCAACGAUGUGAAAGAAACAUAUGCGAAAGAUGCACGUCUACGAGGUCAAGCAUGUACUACAUGAUAUCUCCCAGUAACAUCCGGAAAGUGAACCGGAAACUAUGAGACAUUUUUGACAGAAGAAAGAUAUUAUUCCUCGGUUCAUCAAAACAUAAAGCUAUCAACAGCACCGCUUAACAGGAUGUCAUGCGGUUUCGAUUCUACAAGAGAGCGAUUCUUUUGAGCUCAGUCGUCGGAUUAAUAACAAUCGCUUUCUGGUCUCUGCUGAGUCCUUCACCAUGUGAAGAGGCUACUUUGGAUAACGUUUGUCGCGCGUGGAGAGACGGCAAAGUUGAUGGUGACUGGUGUUUCCAACUUUGUGAGCAAACUUCAGAAAAAAGCUGUGACAACUUGAUCCACUUUGGCAAACGUGUCGUAGUUCGGCUUCGGGGUCCAUUUGGAAAGGCGGUAGCCAAGAGCCGAAAUUUGACCUGGACCUCACCAGAUCAGAUGGCUCCGCCACUUCGCCCAACUGAUCCGAUCGGUGAUUUUCAGGAACGGAUGCGUCUGCUUAUUGAAAACAUUUACACAAUACGAAAUGAAGAACUACUUUGGAACAGGAUCUCUGCGCCGAACUUAACGCCACAGCAGCGUACCCACUUUCUGCAGUUAUUGGAACAACGCGAAUUUGUAUGGUCUUACCUGUUUUCCCAAGAUUUAUCUCCAUUUCCACGAGUUCGUGGCACGUGCGCGCAUCUUUUUAUUGUAGAAGAAGCGGACAUAGAGUUGGGUUUGAUAAAUAGCUGGCCUUUGGAGGAUCGAUUGACGGUAGCGAUCAAACUCGUCGAUUUGACUUUGGAGCGUCUAGGAGUGCAGAUGUGCGACCUCAAAUGGGAACACUUUGGUAUCGGACUCAAUUUAAGUACUUCAUCUUCCCUCUCGUAUUCGGAAGAUUUCCGCUACCAGCAUCCACCGACUCGUAUACCUACAGAUGUCAAACUGCUUGAUCUCGAUGCUGUGCUUAGUGAAUCAUCGCUAAAGCUCAACAUGGAUAGUACGCCCUGUGAAACUGAUGAGGACUGUGACUAUUUUGACUGCAAGGGACGCUGUGUACAGCGAGAUUUCGCGAACGGUGGAAAACCGAUCUGCAAAAGUUCAACUUGGGACUCAAACCUGCGGCGACUACUGCUGAUGCUUUCGGGUUCGCUGCUGCCUCCACAAAGGCCGUUCUUUCGCGACGCAGCUCCAUCUUUAGUUCGCUAUAUUAGCAAUCGGUGCCUUAGUAAGGCGCCAUCCGAAUCCAGGACAGUCUACCGCGAUCAUUGCAAUCCACAUUCGCUUCGGCAACUCGUCGUUGAAGCACUCCUCAAAGCACAACAGAACGGUCACUAAAAAUUAUCUGCAUGGAUAUUAUUGCGAAUUCCACUACAGUCGAAUACAAUUCAAGUGCAGGCACAGUAUUGGGCAUAAAUCCAAAAACAAUUUAGUGGUCGGGACUUCUGCGACAACUGGUCGUAACUAAUUCAUAGAUAAAACGAAAUUAAGUACCUGAACGGUGAUCAUUGAAGAUGCGUCUAUUAUGAUCAUCCUCAUGUGCCAUAUAUGUAUAUAUAGCUUAGCUUUUACAGGGUUCUUUAUUGUACGAGUUAAGCGAACCUGAAGCAGGAUCCACUAAUGCCUUAUAAUUGAAUUAUUCCAAUCUAUAUUGAUCAAUAGGGUCUUUAAGAGAUUGUAUUUUAGAGAUUCGUAGAUUUCAGAGAACGUUAUUGUAUUCAUACUACGCGUCUCUUGCUAUCUAUUUUUGCCGAGCAAAAUAGGCAAAUUCUUAAGUAAAAUUGAGACGCAAAAAAUAGCAAUUUUUUUGGAAACUCUGUUUACAGUGAUUUCACAAAUUAGUUUAAGAUUUGCCCAGUGUUGUUAAUCGCAUCAUUCAGCAUUCAAAUUCUGUAAGUCGUAAAGUAGUAAAGAUUCUGCUGUUUAUGAAUCGAUGUAUUUGGUAUGAUAACAGAAUUACUAAAUGAUCCUAUUCUUCCAUAUCUCCGAAUACGGAACCUUCAUCGAAUCCCAUAGCCACCUAUUUCGCACAUCCGUCUCACGGAUUAGAUACGGACUAUGAAUAACGUACUCUAUGGUAAAGUAGCGGAAAUGAGGCACGAUGUUAAUGUUCUAUUAUUAUUACUAGCAGUAGCAUUACUAUUAUUAUUCUUAACAUUACUUUAGGCUGUAGUUUAUAUUUUUACAAGGGUCAAGUCUAUUAGCACUAAUAUCUUUACUCAAAAGUGCUGCUCUGUGCGUAACAUUUCGAAUAUAUUUGUUUUGCUUGCUCAAAUCCAGGUGAACUUUUGACAGAUUUUACUUUUUAUGUAACUUACUUAAAUUUAAAAAUAUUUAAAAAUGUCCUAAUAAGCCUGAAAUUAUUCUUUUUGACUUAGUUUGUCAGCCAUAAAAUAAGAAAUCCAGCUGAUCAUUACUGA